AUGAUCCUCAUCUUCGUCGGCCUUCCUAUCCUGUUUUCCGUAUCAAGGAUCUACGGGGCUUCGAGUCAAUCCGGUGAUUCUAUCCGGAUGCAGACGACCCGUGACGAACCUGACGCAGCUGGAAGUCCCCUGUUUGGCCACGAGGUUCCCGGUCGGGGUGUCAAGCAUGCUGCCCCGCCCGCAGAUCAUGAGGCACGGAAAGGGCGUUCAGAGAACCUGUCCACAGCCAGUUCCAUCGAGAGGGAGGCUCUGGCGACACAAGGAACCUUGUGGGGCACGCCCCAGCCAGAAGAGCGCUGCUUGGGAUUCGAGAAAAGGCUCUAUACUGCGAGGUUGCGAGCAUCUUCCCUCCUCUCAGACGGGAGACGGGUCUGCGAGAGGAUGCCUAUUACUAUCCGUGGGGUCACCAUCAAUCAGCCAGACAGCUGUCAACGCCGAUGGCCAUUCGGUCAGGUAACGGGUUACUGGAUGGUCGAGGAUAAGGGGUGCAGUGCACAAUGGAGCAAGUUCAACGACAAGGGGUGUAUCAAUAAAGGAGUACGGCUUGUCUCGGCACGUCUUCUUGGGGUAAAGGCCAACGAGGACCGGAAGGCCAUAUGUGAAAGCAUGCCGGCUAUGAUUCGCAAAAAGCAUUUCAAGAAACCACACACAUGUCACGAGGGAUUCUGGGGGUAUUACGGCCAAUGGGAAGUCGAUGAUCCUGCAUGCUAA